CGUGCCACAGAAGCACCAACGUCCGAAGAACCGCUGUCCUCUCUCAGCCUCGUCGUCCCUUUAACUGAAGAGAAACUACAACAUAGCUCAUCAGCAACUAUCAAAAGCAGCAGCCAUGAAGGAGAAGAUAACUUUUUCUCUUUGGGUUCAACUUUUCGCUGCUUUCCUGGUGUAUGGAGCGAAGGGUGAUUACUGUGAAGUCAACGUGUGCAUUAAUGGUGGAACCUGUGUUACCGGUGCAGGAGCCCCAUUCAUCUGCAUCUGCCCUGACGGCUUCACUGGAGAAACUUGCAAUGAGACUGAGACAGGGCCCUGCAAUCCCAACCCAUGCAAGAAUGACGCCAUCUGUGAGGUGAGGGGUCAGUCACGUCGAGGUGACGUGUUCAGCGAGUACGUCUGCAAGUGCCAGCCAGGUUUUGAUGGAGUCCAUUGCCAGAAUAGUUUCCAGGGAGCAGAUUUAAGUUCAAAUAAAGAUGUGAACGAUUGUGCUGCCCAGCCAUGCCAGAAUGGUGGCACUUGCAGGGAUCUGGAAGGAGAUUUCAAAUGCCACUGCCCGUCUCCAUAUGUGGGCAAAAACUGCCAACUGCGCUGCAUUUCUCUGCUUGGCAUGGAGGGAGGGGGCAUUGCUGAGUCCCAGAUCUUAACCUCAUCAGUCCGUUACACCAUGUUGGGCCUGCAGCGCUGGGGAUCUGAGCUCGCCCGCCUCAACAACAAAGGACUUGUUAACGCCUGGAGCCCUGCUGCACAUGACAAGAACCCGUGGAUACAGAUCAACAUGCAAAGAAAGAUGCGUUUCACAGGUAUUGUUACGCAGGGAGCCAGUCGCAUUGGAACAGCUGAGUUCAUCAAAUCCUUCAAGGUGGCCUCCAGCCUGGAUGGAAAGACGUACACCAUGUACAGAACAGAAGGAGAGAGGACGGACCGUGUUUUUGUUGGAAAUGUGGACAAUGACAGCACUAAGACAAAUCUGUUCGACCCUCCCAUCAUUGCUCAGUACAUCCGUAUCAUCCCUGUGGUGUGUCGUAAGGCCUGCACACUGAGGAUGGAGCUGGUUGGCUGUGAACUCAAUGGUUGUUCGGAGCCAAUGGGCAUGAAGUCCCGGUUGGUGACCAACCGCCAGAUCACAGCCUCCAGCACCUUCCGCACCUGGGGCAUUGAGGCCUUCACAUGGCACCCACACUACGCCCGGCUGGACAAACAGGGCAAGACCAACGCCUGGACCGCCGCCACCAAUAACCGCUCUGAGUGGCUGCAGGUGGACCUGGAGUCUACAAAGAAGGUCACAGGAAUCAUCACACAGGGGGCCAAAGACUUUGGCUCCAUCCAGUUCAUCACAGCCUUUAAAGUGGCAUACAGUGUCGACGGAAAGGCCUGGACCAUUGUGAAGGAUGAGAAAAGCAAGACAGACAGGAUUUUCCCAGGAAACAGCGACAACAACGUCCACAAAAAGAACAUCUUCGAGCCGCCGUUUUACAGCCGAUACGUCCGCAUCCUGCCCUGGGAGUGGCACGAGCGCAUCACCCUGCGGAUGGAGCUUCUGGGCUGUGACGAGUAGCACCACCCUGAACCCAAAUCCUUCCUUUCUCUUCCUUUCUCUACCUCCUCCUCUUUUCCACCUCUUCCCACUUCCCCUCCCCCUCCCUCUCCCCCUCCUGAGCCACGCCUGCACUGCCUUGCUCUCAGCUCUAGGGGGCAGCAAACACCAGAGUAGCACACCACCACUCAGACCCCGGCUGCUUGGAGGUGGAAGAUAUUUCCCUUAACCACUGUUACCAGGACUCUGAUUAAAUUCAGCUCAGUGUCUCCUCUUUGUUUGCUUUCCGAGGCGAUCACUCAUCUAAAAGGUGACUCUUUAUUUUCUUUGUAACUGAGUUCAGCUGGGGUCAGAUUUUUAUCCCACCUACCCAGAUCAAAGGUGGUGUCUCCUCCCUCCUUGUGUCAGAGGUCGGGGGUAACAGGACUGCUGCUGUUCAGCUGGUGCUGCCUGGAUUCACAUCCUACACCAGUUCUACCUGGAACAUUUAAGCUUCAUGACCCACGGCUGGUGAUGUAUAUAGUCUCCAUUUAAAGCUUUUACACACCCAAUAAAACACCUCACCUCCUGUAGAAAGACACAAAUAUUCAAUGUUUUCGGCUGAUAUAUGGACAACUACGGUUGAUUUUUGUUUUUGUUUUUCAUAUCCAGAGAAUGAAUCAGUGCAGAUGUAAUCUGUUUGGGAAGUUACCUUUAAGAAGUGCUUCUUCCUCUUUAGAGGGAAAAACUAGCUAGUAAAAAAAGGUGAGAUUAGAAGAUGAUUUGCUGAUUUUUUUUUUCCAACAAAAAAAAGGACUUAAAGUCUAGGUGUCCCACUGAGUGUGCUGUAGUAUUUCUAGUUUUUCAGGCAGUAAAACCAUUUGUUCAUGUCUCCUAUGGUACAUUUGUUUGAGCUGCUUUAGAGUGUUGAUAUCCAGUGUGUAAACUUAGUUAACCUAAACUUGUAGCAGCCAAUAACAAAGAAGCAAAAGUCCCAAUAACCUUCCUCUUCUUGUGUUAUUUUGAGAUUAGCAGCACUUAGAACAAACCACUAUCACUAAGUUAUUUACAAACCAUUAAAGCCAACCAAAAACUACUCAAAAAUGUAGACAUAAGAUAAAGGACAUGCUCAUUAAAGCAGCCCAACUGGGGCGCCAGUAGCCUGUUGGCUAUAUGCAUGUGCUCCAUGCACAGAGGCUGUUGUCCUUGAAAGCAGACAAUCCCAGAUCAAAUCUCCUCUGUGGCUCCUUUCCUGCUUGUCAUUCACCACCACUGUCUCUCAGUCCCCCGUAUCCUACUCUAUCCACUGUCCUGUCCACAUAAAGGCAUUAAAAAGAAGCCAUCUUCAAACAAAAUGGGCUAAAACAGUGGCUAAAUAAAGGAAUAAAAUGCGCAUGUGAUCUUAUUUAGAAGACUUAAUCAGAGCAAAAUUAUCAGCUCAUCUUGUGCCAGCGCCCCUCAGAUUCAUACGCCUGUGGGUUUGUUUUGAAAAAUGUAAAGUUCAGUCAUUGACGCUCACAGAACAAAGAAAUGAAUCAAAAACGUAAAAUGUGGUUCAUUGUUUGGCAUAAUCAGUCAACAGAUCAUCACAAUCUCUAAGUUCAGCAGCCAAAGAAAUGUGAUGUCCAUGCCAGAGGAGACACCCUCAUUCACAGACAGGAUGUUAUAAACAAAAGACAUACAGCUUGUGAGAUCAUUGUUGAAAGACAAAAGACACUUUAUAGCUCUUAAAAAAGGAAUAAAUGACAUUUACACAUGCUGCUGUAAUGAGCUGGUGUGACACGCUCAGCCUAUAAAGUCAUUGAGCUGUAAAGAUUUAAUCUUUCCCUGCUACUUUUGAUUAAUGUUUUUCUCCACAUGGGACGGUUCAGCUGUAUUAUCAUGUUAUUGGCUGCUACAACAGAUGAGUCUAAAAUGUGACAUUGUGAUAUUGGAGAAAAAAAGACAUGGUUAUAGUUACUCAGUCUAGUUCUGACAGGCUGUUUGAAGUGGAAUGAACCUCUGAUUCACAGAACUUCAGGCCUUCACACUUCCUCUUAUAAACUUAGGCUGGCUACGCACGAGACGAUCUUCAAAUCUCAUUUUAAAAACUUUGGAGACCACAGACAUGAGGACAGUUUCAUACCGGGAAUGCACAUGCCAGACGAUUCAGACUGUGAGACCUUAUACUUGCAGUUUGUUGUUAAAGAGUGGUGAUUUCAAAGAGGUGAGAUCUGUGGGAUCAAGUGUGUUUUUAGGAACAAAACAGAGUGAAAGACAAAUGAUGCUGUCAGCUGGCUGUCCUUAACUGUUUUGAAACAAAAUACAAAAAAGGGAAAAGGAUAUGGGUGAAAUCCUGGAUGAAAAGACUUUGUAAACUCAGCUUCUACACUUUGCAGCUCAAAUUUUGGUUGCUUGUGUUUACAGCCUGUUCGCUGCCAUGUUUAUGAGCUGUUAAAGUGCACACCAUCCAGUUCUCAGUCUGCCCGCUCUCGCUGGCUACUGUAGAUUCUCUGUUAGAGACAACCUGACAUGAAAUCAGAGCUAUCGAACAUGUCUGAUAUUCAGAGUCAAGCUGUGCUCAUUCUGUCAACAAUAAAUAUGAUAAAAAUAUUUGUAACUAUCCUGUAUUCCAUGACGACGAUUAGACUAUGGCCAGCUGGAAUAGAUCUUGAUUUAUAGAUGCUCUGACUAAGAAUAUGUUUAGUUUUGAAUAUGAAGACUAGAGGAUGAUAAAAUGUAAGGGGUGAACUCCACUUUGUAUUUAGUCAGAAUUUACAAAAGCUGCCAAAAUUAGCACUGCAGGCCAGAUUGGUGAGGCUCCUACUUCUUCAGGAGCAAUAAAAUAAUCCUACUGACACCAUAUACUUGAGGAUUAUUUGGCUUUCCCACUGUUGGAGGGGGAAAAAUGGGCCCAAAAUCUGGCCUAAUAUCAUUGGGAUAUACACAAUACUAGUAUCAGUUCUGUGCCAGUAGGUUCUUUGCAGAUGAUGUCGCACAGCAGCAUCUUGGAUGAGUAGUGAUUUCUACAUAGAGUAUCGCUACCAAAAGCCAUGUUUAGAGCUGUUUACAACAAGCAUUCAAGAUGCAAAAAUAUAAAUAUUCUUAAUUCUUAAGCUACUUUUGUAUCCCAAAAUUAGUGAAAUAUUCAGGCAAAAAAACUCUCAGAGGAACAGCAGUAGCCACAGAUUAAAAAAGCCUCGAUGAGCGAUGUCACACUAUGAUCAUGUAUGGUGCAUUUCCACAAAGUGGCUUGAUUUGGUUCAGUACAGUUUUGUCAUGGUUUAGCUCAUUUAACUCUGAUUUUACCUGUGUUUCCUCAGCUGAUGUCUGUCCAGACUCGAUUGUUGUGACAGGAUAUCCGUCUCUUUUUAGAGAUUCAGAUCAUAUGGCUCAGUAGAGCUGCUCUUAAUUUAACAGUUUGACUGAGGGUGGAGGAAAGGGAAGUGAUACACAUACGGAAGCGAGCUACAGUGGCUCACGUUAAUUGGCUGUUUUAUAGAACAGGCUUGUUAGUUAAAACAUCUUUCCUCAGCUGCUCACCAUUUAAAUUAAAAGCAUGUUAAUGACAAAACGUGGAUUAUUUUUAUAUAUUAAAGGAGCUCAGCUAGCAUCUUAGCUCAGUACAAGACUCCUAAAGACCCUUGUCCCUUCAUCUGGAUAGAUGACGCUAGGAGGUCUGCAUGAUUAAGUCCUUUGUGAUAUUGAUCACCUCAAAGCCAGGCAUAUCUGUUAAACUGAAGUAAAAAUCCCUUUUUUGUGAAGUGGAAGGAUUGUACUCAAUGUAUGUAGAGAUUUUCUGAUGAUACUUGGAGCAUACAGGUCCAUUUAGAGCUUUAAAGUACUAACUUUUCCCCAUUCCCAUACUUUCCUUUGACUGCCCCCACUUCCAGACCCCCAGUGGGUAUUUGGUAUUAUGUGAUUACAAAACACCUAUGGGCACAUCCCUAUAGAAUCGUCUGGUGUGUAGCCAGCCUUAUUCCAAAACAACAGUAUUCUAUCACAAAUAGUCUAAGAGUUGCAUUUUCUAUUUGUCUGCAUUGUAAAGUGAGAUUAAUCGGACUAUAGAGGCUAAAAGAUGAAAUAUUUCUGAUGGAUGUUGUUGUCUCAGGUCAAAGAAGAUCUGCUCUAAUGUACAGAAAAUGCUACUGACUCACUCAGCUAGUUUGUUCACACAGUUUCAUUUUUAUAGCACUUUCAUGUUGUGUUUUGAUAUUUUAAAUGUAAAAAAGAAGAAAAACAGUAUUGUGCAUUUAAAGAUAAAACAUUAAAUAUAUUGAUUACUACGUGUAAAAGUAAAAACAAAAAAGAAAAUAUACCUGCUUGUGUUCUUUGUUGAUCCAGCUGAUUUUUGACAGUCUGGGUGAAAUAUUUUGUUUGUUUAUUGUAAAUAAGUCACAUAUAUCCACAGUACCUUUGUACUGACUCUCUGUUGGAGUAGAUGUUGAUUUUUCCUGCAUAACAUCUACUUGAAGUGCAACAUUAUGCCUCCAGUUCAAAGCUAAGGCCCCCCCCCCGAUAAACCAAAUUAAAUCAGAAUUUUACGGUUCCAGAAACACAAACCGUCAUAUCAUCUCUGCCUCCGCCUCCCCCGUCACAAACCUCUCCAUCCAACCCCCAUGAAUUAUGUAUUAUGGGCUUGUGCAAUAUUAUACUGUGUUAGUUUUGAUAACAAUGAAUAUUAAUUCAAGACCCUUUAAAAAAUGCAUGAGGGGAUAGCGGUGCCACUGAGAGGUCGAGGAUGGGUGCUGGUGUCAAACACUGUACAAUAUUUAUCAUUGUUGCAGACGCUCCUGUUAGCAGCCACCUUUGUGUUCUCCACGUCUGCAUGCUUUUUAUUGAACAGUGUUUCAGUUAUUGGUGAUGUAGGUUCUUUUGUUUCUCACCAACAGUCUCAGUGUUGUAGAAAUCUUGUUUCCCUCCAUGGUCAGGUUUUCUAUCAAUGAUUAUAUUGUGUUUUUAUGGUAUUAGGAGUUCAUUUCUUGCUAUUCUGUUCAUUGGCCUUAUAGACUUUUGACUGGGUUAGAUUUUUUAUUCCAGUAUUGUGUUUCUAAGAGGAUUCCUUCAUGUUUGGCCUUUGUAUCUCUAAAUGAAGAAUAAAUAGACAUAAAAACAUA